AUGGCGGGCCACAAUGCCUACCUCACGUACAAGCGUGAGACGGCAGAGCUUCUGUACUGGGUCAUCCAGGCGUCCAACAGCAUCAUCCAGAAGACUGGUGCUGAAGAUGAAGAUGGCUUAAGCUUGCUGAACACCACUGGCAAGACUACGGUUUACGGCCUGGUAUCUAUGGCCAAGCUCAUCGCAGAGCAUAUCGGAAGGCAGACAGUCCCGCCCAUCGUAUACCGCUUGUUCAAAUCCGUCAUCAAAGCGCGCGAGGAGGCCCACGAAGCCUUUAAGCAGCUGGCGGCUGAGAACUCUGACCCAGAGGUCAAGAAGAACAACGCGUCGCACAAGCACUUCAUCGAUGCCCUCAAGGAGGCCUUCAAGGCAUUGGGCGGUGAAUCAGAGACUGCGAAGAGGGAAGCUGACGCCGGCUCCCUCCACGAGGCUCAAGCGGCUGAGACUAAUAUAAUUCUCCUGGCCAACAAGUUUGCCUCUCUGAACCUUGGGACAGUCAAUGACGAGGCGCAGGACGAUGCAGAAGCUGCCAGUGAUGCAUCUGACGGCCCCGCGGCUGCGCAGAGGCCCCAGAAGAAGUAUUCUGGUAAAGGCAAGAAAGGCAAACGCGGCAAGAAACCCAAGCAGAAGCAGAAAAAACAAGUCGCCAACGAGCCGCCUCUUGUCGGCGUGCCGAUUGAAAGCUACCGCAUCAUCGCGGACAAGGAAGGCAUCAUGACGGACUACCUGAUGGCCACCUACGCACUAGCCCGGGAGUGGAUUGAUCUUCGAGGCUUCAUGCAGAAGACCUGGCGCCAGGUUGCAUACGAUGGCCUCAAUGCCGCGGUCGCUGGUACACUUAGCAACGUGGCUGUAUCCAUGUUGAAACGAUCGGAGCUAGCCAUGCACCUCGACUUUCCGGGCCAUGAUUCUUUCCACACGAUCAUGAACACCAUCACGCGUGGGGAUGUGGAGAAGAUACAAGGAAACUUCAAGCUACGGUUGAUCAAGUAUUAUAAAGCCCAAGCUCAAACCCGCGUGGAAGAGGCGGCGCUUGAUGUCAAGGAGCAGUUGAUGAUACACACCUACAAUGAUCUUCUUGACUUUGUGGCCGAUUACCAGAAGACACGCAGUGGAAAGCCAACUAAGUCCAUGCUUGCCGAGAUACAGAACUGGGACCCUACUUUCAAUUUGCAGCAGGCAACCCCCGAGCAGAGACUGAAAUGGCGCCGGUCUUACACCAUCAACUGGCUUUAUGAUCUUGUCAACCUCUUUUCGUCAGUUGUUGUUCAACGCAACACUCUCAAGGGCCAGAACUGGGCUCUUGAGAAGGUUGACUGGUCUGAAGACGGUCCGUGGAGCGUACAUAGAAGACUCUUUGGCCUGAAUGAGUUCGCUGGUUGGGUCACCUCCCUCGCCACGCAAAAGCAGGGCACGGAUGUCCGCAAUAAAGUCCAGCCUCAUUCCAUAUUUCAGCUUCAGUGUAUCGUCGACUCGUUGAUGGUCUCCCGCGGGUUCUCCACAAGCACUUUCAGAGGCCACGUAAUGAGACCACCGGCGCACCAGUUUCGACCAAGACGCGAUGUGGACCUGUUUCUAGAUCGUGAAAACGAGCGGGGUGGUUCUGGAUUUCUGCAGGCAGUCGACAUUCUGGAGCAAUUGUUCGAGAGGGAUGCCCAAACGCAUGGAAACCCAAAACGCCACACUAAACACAUGGAAGUUCUCAAGAUAGCACAACAGGACUUUAUCGAUUGGCUAGGGGAGUCCAAGUAUGGGUACGUUCUGAAAUCAAUUCCGCCUUCUCAGUUUAGCAACUCAAACGCAAACGGGCUUUGGGAAUACUCACCCUUCUUAUGUGGCUUGGGGCUGAUGGAGGGCCUCGAGAUCUCGUACUUGUUUGGUAUGAUGAUCUGGGAUCGGAUCCCAGAGCCGUUUCUGCUAAUUCACCUUCACAACAUGCUUGUACAAAGAGGCUACAUUGCUCAACCCGUCGGCUUGUACGCGAGCCUACAGAGUCUUUUCACGGACGCCUUUUUCAUUGACGGCAAAGUUCCAACCUCCAACUUUCUGGAAGCCUUAGUAGCCAAAGUCGAUGCGUACAACACCGCCCGUGCCAGAGCCACACAACAGGCCGCAAGGAGGUCAAAUGCCCAGGCCAGUGACGUCCAUGGAAUGCUAGACGUGAACGCGAAUAAGUUUUUCAAGACACCUACUACUCUGGUGUCGUACCGCAAGGCGGACUGGAAUUACGAGCGCGUUGCAGACAGUGACAUCAAGCCGAUCAGCAUGCUGGCGAUGCUUCGCGUAGCGCAGACAGAACUCGUCGUCGACCCAGAGACCGGCAAGUUACGGCCUGCCGAGACAGAGUUGACCAGUCGUAUGCGCGCUGCCAAGCUGAGUGAAGAGAUACUGGCGGGUAUGUCAUCAAUGGUCCGCCGGAUGAACAACAAGAAUCACGAGGAUCCUGCCAUGAUGGCGAGAUUUGCUGCCAUGGCAGAGCCAGGCUAUAUGACGGAGUCCGGUGGGCUACGUGAGCUCAGCAAGAAACUCAAGACGGGCGGCCAGGCCGGGUCUGAGAGCAAAGUUCAGCACGAGGAGCUGGACUUGGACGGCGUUGACGUACUUGAGUUCCUCAAGUGGGACAUCCACGCCGACGUGUGCGGGCGCGAGCCGCUGUCGAGCCUCAAUUUUGUCUGGGUGACGGCCCGCUUCUUCAUACAGUUCAUGCAGAUGGAGGAUGAGCUGCGGAAGCUGCGGAACCCGACGUACGUCCGGGCGUACGAGGUCGACCCGACGCUGAUGCGGGAAAAGAGGCUCAGCCUCGCGGUAGGUGCCCUGCGUGGCGGCGACGAGCAGUGUCUGCGCAUCAUGGCGGAGCAGUUCCAGAACCCCCGCGCGGGCUUCAUGGACCACAUCUACUGGAAGGACUUGGAGACGGAGCUCAAGACGGACAAGGAGAUUCCACGAAAGGAGGACGAUGAGUUUAAUGAUCAAGCGGACACGGCCUGUUCCGUUAUGUAG